AACACCGCAGCACCUCGCAGCAGCAUGGCCGCCCGCCGCGUCACGGGACUACUGGCGCUGCUGGCGCUCGCCGCGGCCGCUCCGGGAACCACGCCGCGGCCGGCCUGCGCCGGGGACGCGUGUCUCGAGCAGCCGCAGUCUCAGACGGAGGACAUCGGCGACGCCGGCCUGGUGGACGGCGCGCUGCAGCUGCUAGCGCAGCGCCAGGACGUGAGCGUCUCGCUGCCCGGCGGCGCCCAGGCCACAGUCAGCCCCAGGGGCCUCGACGACGGCGACCUCGACAUCAAGCUGCGUCUGCACUCCUCCGAAGCUCGGCGCCGCAAGAAGAACAAGCUGCGCAAGUUCAUCGUGCCGCUCGCCGUGUUCCUGGCGCUCAAGGCGCUCACGCUCAUCCCGCUCUUCCUCGGCCUGCUCAGCAUCAAGGCCUUCAACGCGCUGCAGCUCGGCUUCGGCUCCUUCGUCGUGUCCUUCGGCCUGGCCAUCUUCCAGCUCGCCAAGAAGCUCAUGGGCGACUCCCUGCCGCCGCUCACGCCCUUCGCCGCCCCGCAGCCGCUGGUCGCCGCCCCCACCGGCUGGGAGCGCAGCGCGCACGACUCCGCCUACAGCGCGCAUGUGCCCGCCUCGCGUCGCUGACUCCUCCCCUCUCCUUUGGCUCCUCCUCGUGCCGCCAUGACCGCGCCUCCAUCCGGCAUUUAGCUCCGCCUACAGCGCGCAUGUGCCCGCCUCGCGUCGCUGACUCCUCCCCUCUCCUUUGGCUCCUCCUCGUGCCGCCAUGACCGCGCCUCCAUCCGGCAUUUAGCUCCGCCUACAGCGCGCAUGUGCCCGCCUCGCGUCGCUGACUCCUCCCCUCUCCUUUGGCUCCUCCUCGUGCCGCCAUGACCGCGCCUCCAUCCGGCAUUUAGCUCCGCCUACAGCGCGCAUGUGCCCGCCUCGCGUCGCUGACUCCUCCCCUCUCCUUUGGCUCCUCCUCGUGCCGCCAUGACCACGCCUCCAUCUAGGUUUAGCUCCGCCUAAAGCGCGCCUUCUGUCACUGACUUCGCCCCUCUCCUUUGGCUCCUCCUCGUGCCGCCAUGACCACGCCUCCAUCUAGGUUUAGCUCCGCCUAAAGCGCGCCUUCUGUCACUGACUCCGCCCCUCUCCUUUGGCUCCUCCUCGCGCCGCCAUGACUGCGCCUCCAUCCCGCAUUUAGCUCCGCCUAAAGCGCGCCUUCUGUCACUGACUCCACCCUUCUUCUUUGGCUCCUCCUCGCGCCGUCAUGACCACACCUCCAUCCGGUACUUAGCUCCGCCUACAGCACGCAUGUGCCCGCCUCGCGUCGCUGACUCCUCCCCUCUCCUUUGGAUCCUCCUCGCGCCGCCAUGACCACGCCUCCAUCCAGGUUUAGCUCCGCCCAAAGCGCGCCUUAUGUCACUGACUCCACACUUCUUCUUUGGCUCCUCCUCGCGCCACCAUGACCACGCCUCCAUCCGGCAUUUAGCUCCGCCUACCGCACACAUUUUCCCUUCUGUCACUGACUCCACCCCUAUUCUUUGGCUCCUCCUGCGCCACCAUGACCACGCCUCCAUCCAGGUUUAGCUCCGCCUAAAGCGGGCCUUCUGUCACUGACUCCACCCUUCUUCUUUGGCUCCUCCUCGCGCCGCCAUGACCACGCCUCCAUCCGGCAUUUAGCUCUGCCUACCGCACACAUUUUCCCUUCUGUCACUGACUCCACCCUUAUUCUUUGGCUCCUCCUCGUGCCGCCAUGUACACACCUCCAUCCGACACUUAGCUCCGCCUAAAGUGCGCAUUUGUCCCAUCUGUCACUGACUCCACCCCUCUUCUUUGGCUCCUUCGAAUGCUGUCAUGACCCCGUCUUAUGCAGCGUGGCUGCUGCAUGAUGAUCUCCACCCUUGCAUUUUGCUCCGACUACCCUGGCGCACUACUCCAGUCUCACCUUUCGACAAUGAAUGUACACAGUUCGUUAAUUAACUGCUGUAUAUAAACACAAUUCGAACAGCGAAAAAUGUCUCUGAUAUUUAGACUUAUAGUUCCACUGCUACGAUGUUUCUGCUCAAGCAUGUGCACUAAAUAGUCUCAACCAUAUUAGGCAUUUGAACAACUCACAUUGCUGGGCUGACACACAGUUAUUAUUGUUAUUUAUUUUUUAAGUUAUUAUAUGAAUACGACUAUGUUUAUAACUUAUGAGUUUAAUAAAAAUGUUAUUAAAAACUACAAAUGUUACCAAAAACUACAAA